AUGGCAUUUGCACCUCCUAGAAACAUGAAUGGCCCCAAGCUACAAACCAAGAUGAGCACGUGGACUCCGCUGAACCAUCAACUCAUGAAUGACAAGGUAUUUGAAGAAAGAAGAGCCCUGCUUGGAAAAUGGUUUGACAAGUGGACAGAUGGUCAGAGGCGGAAGAUCCUGGUGGACCUGUUGGAACGCUGCUCCCUGUCACAGCAGAAAUUCUGUGCCAAGCAGCUACAGGAUCGAGUUCCCACCGAAGCUCUAGAUUUCACCACCAGGCUCCCCAGAGUGCUGUCUUUGUACAUCUUUUCCUUCCUGGACCCACGGAGCCUCUGUCGAUGUGCACAGGUGAGCUGGCACUGGAAAUACCUGUCUGAACUGGAUCAGCUCUGGAUGCUGAAGUGCCUGCGUUUUGGCUGGUACAUCAACUUCUCUCCAACCCCCUUUGAGCAAGGAAUCUGGAAGAAACAUUACAUUGAGAUGGUGAAAGAGCUGCAUGUUACAAGACCAAAGACUCCUCCAAAGGACGAAUUUGUAGUUAUUGAUGUGCAACCGGUGAGAAGCAACAUCCCAGAGGCAAAACCUCCUGUACUAGGAAGGAGGACAAACAAGGAGAAAAAAGAGCUCCCGCCGUGGCGUUCAUCAGACAGACAUCCUACAGACACCAUCCGAUUCAACUACCUCGACAACUACGAUCCCAUCGAGCAGGCUAGGCAGGCGAGAAAGAAGGGAGGAGGAGAGACCCCAGACCUCAGCCGGCAGGCAGCUGAGAAAAAAAAGAGAGCAGGUCGUGGAUCUAAUAAGCUCCGGAAGGCAAAAUCACUGCUGUCACUUACUGCAGAUCUCGAGCCUGUUCCCAAACCACCGGUUCGUCCCAGCUGGGCCACUCACCCGUCAGCUGGGAACCUGCCCCCUAAAGCAGCAGCAAAGACCCUAGCCCAGAGCUCCCAGUGGAACGCCGGGAUACGGCCAGCGCCUGUUCGAGCCCCAGUGCCAAAGCCACGCGAAAGAGGGAAGAAAGACUUCACAAGGACGAACGCCAGGUCUACACGUUAGUAUACCACCGUGUCCUAUUGUCAGAAAGCAUCUCCACUGUUUGAGGCUCAGCCCUGGCGCAUUCCUCCAUCAAACAAGGAUCUGAUACAGAGUAAGGGAGGAUCCAGUGUAUCUUCCGUCUUAGCAGAACAGAAGCUUAUCUGCCUGGCGUUGGGGAAACAACAGCAAUGUUGCCUGAGUCACAGGCUGUGCUUGGUGAAGAACAGCUGCUUUUGA